AUGGGGGGCUCCUCCUCUAAGAAGAGUGUGUUUGGGGGAAGAAAGAAGAAACGGGUCUCAGUGUUGACCUGGAGUGAACUGAAGGGGCCGCUAUCCAGUAAGAAACAGAAGAGAAGCAUCAUUAUUCCUACUCUGGACAAACUGUCAGUGGAGAACCUGAAGAGGGAGGUCCUUACUCCCAAGAAGAGGUUUUCAUUGGCCGGGAAGAGGAAGGAGUCGCUGUCAUUGGGUAACUCUAGGAAGGAGUCUGUGUCACUGAAGAGUCUCUCUAUGGGGAAGAGGAAGAAAGAGUUGAAGAAAGGAGAACUGAAGAUAUUCUCUCUGGAUAACAUCAAGAAGGAAUCACCUUCACCACCACCACCACCCAAAACUAUAUUCUCUCUGGUUAACAUCAAGAAGGAACCACCACCAGCACCAUCCAAAAAUAUAUUAUCUUUGGUUAACAUCAAGAAGGAACCACCACCAGCACCACCCAAAAAGAAAUUCUCUCUGGUUAACAUCAAGAAGGAACCACCACCAGCACCACCCAAAAAUAUAUUAUCUUUGGUUAACAUCAAGAAGGAACCACCACCAGCACCACCCAAAAAUACAUUCUCUCUGGUUAACAUCAAGAAGAAAUCGCCUCCCAAAGAGAGAUUAUCCCUUGCAAAUGUUAACCCCUUACUUUAAACCUGACCUAUGCCCUGGACAGAGACAGACAGACGGACGGACGGACAGACAGACAGGCAGUCAGACAGACAGACAAGUAGACAUACAGAGUCAGAUGGCCAGGGAGUCAGAGAGAGAGACAGAUGGCCAGGGAGUCAGAGAGAGAGACAGGUGGCCAGGGAGUCAGAGAGAGAGACAGAUGGCCAGGGAGUCAGAGAGAGAGACAGAUGGCCAGGGAGUCAGAGAGAGAGACAGAUGGACAGACAGUCAGAAGUGUUGUAGGUUCUCUUUAAUAAAAGCUGUUUCAACCAUUUCUGAACAUUAAACUGAUUGUCAGGUCACAGAAACAACCAGAACACAGUCUCCAAUACAGACCGCUCUCUGGUAAAUAUUCUAUUCAUUCAUCCUCUAUACAGCUAAACCACUGGCUCUGCCACCAGCUUGAAAUAACACUUAUUCAUGUUACCAUACUAGAACUUACUGAUGACUUUACAUGUAUAAAAUAAUGUAUAUGUUAGGGGUCAAGGAAGGGUAAAAAUGAACUUGGUGGUGUGGAAAAUCCCUGAGUGAAAGUUACUGUGAGAGAAAAGGGGAACGGUGUAUAUGACCAGGUCUGUUGAGUAAGGGGAACAGAGUAUAUGACCAGGUCUGUUGAGUAAGGGGAACGGAGUAUAUGACCAGGUCUGUUGAGUAAGGGGAACAGAGUAUAUGAUCAGGUCUGUUGAGUAAGGGGAACAGAGUAUAUGACCAGGUCUGUUGAGUAAGGGGAACAGAGUAUAUGAUCAGGUCUGUUGAGUAAGGGGAACAGAGUAUAUGACCAGGUCUGUUGAGUAAGGGGAACAGAGGGUCACUGAUAAACAUCAUGGAGAAGUCACUGGACAAAGAGGAACUCCUAGCAGACUGCUCGACCACGAAGACAACAAUGCAACAUUUAGGCAGUAUCGGGCAACAGAUAGCAGUUCUGAGACGUUACACCCCUAAUCUCAUCUUGACAUAUAAAUGGCUGUCUGAUCAUGUGCAAAAUGUGAAUAAACUUGGUUUAAGCUUUUUCUAGUCGACGUUUGAGUUUUUACACUGUUUGUUCAGAACCUAACAAUACAUUUAAUAACAGUAAAUGUCUUUACAAAUCCCCCCCCCCCCCUUCUUAAAACUCACCUAACAUGUUGUGCACACCUCUCCAACUCCUACACACACACACACACCUCUCCAACUCCUACACACACACACACACACACCUCUCCAACUCCUACACACACACACACCUCUCCAACUCCUACACACACACACACACCUCUCCAACUCCUCCCCCUCUCUGUAUACACUCAGUGUAGACUAUUCCCGUAAGAUAAAAAAUGAUCUUUCAUAAAUUAAACAUCAAAUAAAAAAUUAAAAGUCAUCUAUAUAUAUAUAUAGUUGUGAUGGUAAUGAUGGGUUUUCUACUCAGCUGACUUGCUAGUGAAAUGAACACAAUGAACAGGAGGUUAGGUAGACAACAUGUCAACACAUCUCUGAGGACAAUGUCAAAGUUGUUUCAAACAGAAAUGUCAGUGCGGUAACUAUAGUUAUUGGUCAUGUUUCUGCACGAUGCAGUAUCGUCAGUCAUACAAACACAACAUUUUACAUGAAUACAACUAAAAAUCACAUCUAUACAACAAAAACAUUUUAGCAUGAUUCAGAAAUUCCCCAAAAAGAAAUCACAAAGUGCGUUUGUCAGCUCUCUGUGGACGUCAUCAUGUCCUCCGUUCCCUUCAGAAUGAGAGGAGCUCCCUUAGUCUUCUCCUCCAGCUCCGCAUCACGAUUCUCAGACGGCUGUAGAGAUGGAGAGGGGUGGAGAGGGAGGAGGAUGGAGGGAUGGAGGGGGAGGAGGGAUGGAGGGAUGGAGAGGGAGGAGGAGGGACGGAUGGAGGGAUGAGGGAUGGAGGGGGAUGGAGGUGAUGGGAGGGAGGGCGGGAUGGAGAGGGAUGGAGAGAUGGAGGGAGAUGGAGGGGAUGGAGGGAGAUGGGGAUGGAGGUGAUGAGGGAUGGAGGGGAUGAGAGGUGAGGUGGAGCGUGGAUGGAGGAGGGUGGAGGGGAGAUAGGGAUGGAGGAGAUGGAGGGAGAUGGGAUGGAUGGAGGGAUAGGGUGUUGGAGGAGAUGAGAGGGAUGGAGAGGGAUGGAGGGGAUUAGGUGGAGGACAAGACAAGAAGAGAGGGAAUAAAAGGAGCCAGAAGGGAGUUAGUAUGUUCCAUCCUGCGUGUCAAUCUUAUGACCAAGUACAAGCAAUAAAGAUGGGAUCACAACACAUCCGAGAUAUCCAUCCCUGCUUCUCUCUCUAUGACAAGCCCAAGCAAUAAGAUGGAUCACAACAACAAUCCACCUAUCAUCCCUGCUUCUCUCUCUUAUGACAAGUACAUCAAUAAGAGGAUCACAACACAUCCAGAUAUCAUCCCUGCCUUCUCUCUCUAUGAACAAGUCACAGCAAUAAGAUGGAUCACAACAACUAGCCAGAUAUCAUCCCUGCUUCUCUCUCUAUGACAAGCACAGCAAUAAGAUGGAUCACAACACAUCCAGAUAUCAUCCCUGCUUCUCUCUCUAUGACAAGCACAGCAAUAAGAUGGAUCACAACACAUCCAGAUAUCAUCCCUGCUUCUCUCUCUAUGACAAGCACAGCAAUAAGAUGGAUCACAACACAUCCAGAUAUCAUCCCUCUUCUCUCUCUAUACAAGCACAGCCUAGAUGGAUCACAACACAUCCAGAUAUCAUCCCUGCUUCUCUCUCUAUGACAAGCACAGCAAUAAGAUGGAUCACAACACAUCCAGAUAUCAUCCCUGCUUCUCUCUCUAUGACAAGCACAGCAAUGAGAUGGAUCACAACACAUCCAGAUAUCAUCCCUGCUUCUCUCUCUAUGACAAGCACAGCAAUAAGAUGGAUCACAACACAUCCAGAUAUCAUCCCUGCUUCUCUCUCUAUGACAAGCACAGCAAUAAGCUGGAUCACAACACAUCUCAGAUAUUCAUCCUGCUUCUUCUCUCUAUGACACGCACAGCAAUAAGAUGGAUCCACAAACACCUCCAGAUCUCAUCCCUGCUUCUCUCUCUAUGACAAGCCACAGCAAUAAGACGGAUUCCACAACACAUCCCAGAUAUCAUCCCUGCUUCUCUCUCUAUGACACGCACAGGCAAUAAGAUGGAUCACAACCCCUCCAGAUAUCCUCCCUGCAUUCUCUUCUCUUAUGAACAAGCACAGCAUAAGAUGGAUCACAAAACACAUCCAGAUUCAUAUCCCUGCCUCUCUCUCUCUAUGACAAGCACAGCAAUAAGAUGGAUCACAUCACAUGAGCAAGGCACUUUAACCCUAAUUGCUCCUGGAAGUGUCUGCUAAAUGACUAAAAAAUGAUUUGUUUCUCCUCUGUCACGUUAUGUAGUGUCUGGACCUCCCAGUGUUGUAUAUCCGCACGAUGCUGCCAGGCAUAACCAAGCGAUCAGGCAGACAGACACAGAUUGAGCAUGUAUUCAUUUUUAUGGCUUUAUUUUCAGAGAUUGUGUCGUACAAAAAUAAAACAAAAGAACAGUAACAUCUUUUUUAAAUGAAAGAGAGAAAAACGGUUUCUCUGUUAAAUUGAGUAUUAUUAUAUGUUUUUACAAUAUGGGGAAAAAAUAUGUUUUCAUAUGUGCUUAUGAAAAUAAUGCAUAUUAACAGGCAUAUUUAUUAUUUAAAAAAUCUAAAUAUUUAGAAUAUUCAUAACCAACAUUUCCCUUUUAGAGUUUCUCAGGUAUAAAAAAUGUCCCUUUUCAGAAAUGAUUUCAGCCAGUAAUGGUGAGAGUUGGGGUGCGUCCCAACAAUCUCUCUUUUCUCCUGAAGGGUGCACUCGUUCACUACAUUCCACAGAUCUAACAGCAUUGGAUUGGUGGAGGCAUGGGCUGGAGGGAGAUUCCACCAUAUUUCCAAUACCAGUCAUUUCCUUUCAAAUCAGUGAAGGGAAGUGAAGGAGUGCACACUUUGGGAGGAAAGAGAGACAAUUGGGACGUAACCCAGGAGAGCAGAAAAGGACGACUUGCUUUCACUUGGACCACUGGGGGCACUAUUGUAUAUCACACAUUUCUGUCUGUCUGUCUGUCUGUCUGUCUGUGUGUGUGUGUGUGUGUGUGUGUGUGUGUGUGUAUGUGUGUGUGUGUGUGUGUGCGCAAAAAUGACAGUCUGUGUCAUGGGUGGGGUAGGGUAAGUACGAGGGGAACAUAUUUCACUGUCACACCACAGAGUUAGUGUAGAAUAGCGUGCGACACUGAAAUGUUUCCCCCUCCCUCCUGUAUUGUGCCGUUUGUUGGUUCUCCAUUAGUGACAUCACUGACAGGAUGUGUAAAUGUUUAAAUGUUUGUGUGGGGGUUCUGUAAACACACACACUCCUGUGCCUCCACGCAGAGAGCAACAACACAGCUAUGAGUCAGCCGUGUCUGUGUGUGUGUAUGUAUCCGCGUGCGUGCAUGCGUUUUAAUGUAUCUGUGCGUGUGAUAAUGUGUGUGUGUGUGUGUGUGUGUACAUGCCAAAGCUACAGGUCACAGGAAGCAUGACAAAUAGUCAGACAUGUUUGAACCACUUUAACAUCUGGUUGACAUACCACCAGGCUGUCCAGGGGUGGCAGACAACCUUCCAACAACGUUAUAGAGACAUUGUCACUAUACAGAAAUGCUGUAUGGAAGGUCACUACGGGUGGCAGACAACCUUCCAACAACGUUAUAGAAACAUUGUCACUAUACAGAAAUUCUGUAUGGAAAGUCACAACGGGUGGCAGACAACCUUCCAACAACGUUAUAGAAACAUUGUCACUAUACAGAAAUUCUGUAUGGAAAGUCACAACGGGUGGCAGACAACCUUCCAACAACAUUAUAGAAACAUUGUCACUAUACAGAAAUUCUGUAUGGAAAGGCACUACGGGUGGCAGACAACCUUCCAACAACGUUAUAGAGACAUUGUCACUAUACAGAAAUUCUGUAUGGAAAGUCACUACGGGUGGCAGACAACCUUCCAACAACGUUAUAGAAACAUUGUCACUAUGCAUUAUCAGAGCCCAGUAUGGACCCAACUGAAGACCAAAACAUUCACUGCAGGGGCUGACCUUAUUCAACCGGACUCAUUCAAGUCUCUCUCUAGACACACAUACUGAGACUUCUGCAUUCUAGGCUGCCCAGAACCAUGGUAACAGAGUAUACAUCAGCCCCGUCACUCUCAAUCCACUCACAACAUUAUGUUUGAUCUUUUUAUAUUUUUACAGAUAGCAUGUAGGCUACCUCUCCUCUUGUUUUUGAUACCAUGCAGUAACUUUUCCAAACAGUACAGCUACUGUUCAUUUCCAAACAAUAAUAAUCGACAUUAUUAACUAUUCAUAUUGUUCUAUAUUGGUAAGAACGGAGACUGAUGGGGCUGGUACAUUUACAGUAUGCAAUAAGCUGGCGCAACAUACAGUAUUAUAACAAUGAGCAUUCUCCUACAAACACUAAAACAUGGCACAUUCUCUGAUAGUCUGUUUGCUUGUAGGCGGUUGUUGUCAAGGCCUGGUGUUGUAGGGGUAUUUUGUUACGUUGUAGUUAUUGUAGGUGUUGUGGUGGUAUUUUGUUACGCUGUAGUAGUCACUGUAGUGGUAUUUUGUCCAUUGUAGUAGAGACUGUUAGCUAGUUGUCUGAGUGGUCAUGGUGAUGAACGUUGCUAUACACCUGUCAGUGUUGACAUUUUUACGGUGUAACUGCUUGUUACGUCGUCGUUGUACGUCUGUCACCUAUAUGCGUCUACUGUCCUCGUCUGUGUCCGAGUGGUCGCCGUGGGGACUUUUAUGAUUGUUGUCGUCGCUGUGGUUGUCAUGGUGAUUGUUGCCGUUACUCUCGGAGAGUACCUCUUGCUCCAGGGUGUUGCAGCGCAUGCCGGACAGCGUGUGGUUGUGGCCGGCAACGUCGCGGCGACACAGGCAGCAGAGGAUCCUCUUGAAGGUCUGUAACAUGUCCGUGUCUCUGAAGCUGUAGAUGAUGGGGUUGACCAGGGAGUUGCACUCAGCCAGGACCAGACAGUACUUCUCAUAACGCAGCACCUGGCACGAAACACAGCCCAGACCAUCCAACAUCAACAACACCAGGCCUGGGGUCCAGCAGAUCACAAAACAACCUGGAGGAGAGGAGGGGGAGGAGGAGAGAAGAGACAAUUGUAAAAAUUCAGCUGGUCAGUGAAUACUGUACACACACAGAGUCAGUAUCCACUGUCAGUGUGUGGCUUGGGGUUGGUCGGACAGAUCUGAUUUCAUUAUGAUAAUAUUCAAUUACACGAUUUCACGCCUCAGGAAUUCAUACUGUACACAGACACACGCUCACACAUACACACACAGGCGUGCUCACACUCACAUAUGUACUGUGAGAGAGAGAAUGCGAGGUUGAAAUGGAGGAGUGUUUUUGUGUCGUGGUGGUUUAACUAUGCUGUUCCCUGUCAGGACAUGCACAGAGAUUCCUCGCUCACACACACACAUUGUUUUACUAUCCUUGUGGGGACCAAACAAUUGAUUCCCAUUCAAAAUCCUAUUUUCCCUAAACCUAAUUCUAACCCUAAUCGUAACCCUAAACCUAACCCUGAAAAAGGCUUUUCCUUGUGAGGACCGGUUUAAUGUCCCCACUUGUCCAAACGUUCCUCGUUUUACGGUCAUGUGAGGACUUCAGGUACCUAGUAAAACCCAACACACGCAGCCACUCUCACUCACGCUUGCCUUGACAUGCCAGAAAGAGAGAGAAAGAGAGAGAGAAAGAGAGAUUCAGUGACUGUGUAUGAGCCUAUAUGUGAGAAAUAGAGAUGUCAAAUUCCUUCUUUUGAGGAAUUUAAUCAAGAAGUAAAAAAUGCUGGAGCAGAAGCUUGGGAGAGAGAGAGAGAGAGAACAGGAAAGAGGAGAAGGAAGGAGGGAUGUGGGGGGGAAGUAGAGUGUCUGGUUAAACCCGUUAGGACAAGCCAGAGGUGCCUGCAUUUAUAUAUAUAUAUAUAUAUAUAUAUGAGAGAGAGAGAGAGAGAAAGAGAAAGAGAGAGUGUGUGUGUGUGUGCACCCAUACCUGCUCGUGUGUGUGUCUGCAUGUAUGUGUGAACCCCCCCCGUCCCUCCUCACCCAGUAUCAUAGACACAGUCUUCAUCAGGUUGAACACAGUCUCCUUGUGUCGUAUCUGGCUGGUGUGCUGAGACAUCCUCUGGCUCUUGUGUCUGACGUACACAAAGAUCCUGGUGUAGGCGGCCACCAUGAGAGAGAAGGUGAACAGGUUGAGAACAGCCCAGAACACCAGGUAGGAGCGGCUGUACAUGGGGGCCAUGGUGGAGCAGUUGGCCAGGUUGCACAGGCAGUGCCAGCCCAUGGUGGGAACCAGGCCCAUGAAGAUGGCUAGUCCCCAGAUAAAGGCGAUAAGCAGCACCACGCGGCGGUUGGUCAUCUUACUGUGGAGCUGAGAUAAUAUAUACUUUAUUAGUCCAUGCCAGAUGGAAAUGAGUCUAUGGCUUUUCUCCCAACCGCUCUGAUAUACUAUAAACACACACACCCUGCAUGGUGAAGAUGGUCUGGUGGCGCUCCAAGGCGAUGGCCAGUAGGUUUAAUACCGAUGCUGUCAGACUGGUGUCGAUCAGGGUCUGGAGGGAGGAUUAAUUCAUCUAUAUAUUUGAAGGGUUUAACGUAUUGAUUGAGAUAGGACAGUUGAGAGGAAACAGGAAAGGUAGGAGAGAUAGUGAGAUAGGACAGUUGAGAGGAAACAGGAAAGGUAGGAGAGAUAGUGAGAUAGGACAGUUGAGAGGAAACAGAAGGUAGGAGAGAUAUGAGUAGGACAGUUGAGAGGAAACAGAAGGUAGGAAUAGUGAGAUAGGACAGUUGAGAGGAAACAGGAAAGGUAGGAGAGAUAGUGAGAUAGGACAGCUGAGAGGAAACAGGAAAGGUAGGAGAGAUAGUGAGAUAGGACAGUUGAGAGGAAACAGGAAAGGUAGGAGAGAUAGUGAGAUAGGACAGCUGAGAGGAAACAGGAAAGGUAGGAGAGAUAGUGAGAUAGGACAGCUGAGAGGAAACAGGAAAGGUAGGAGAGAUAGUGAGAUAGGACAGCUGAGAGGAAACAGGAAAGGUAGGAGAGAUAGUGAGAUAGGACAGUUGAGAGGAAACAGGAAAGAUAGGAGAGAUAGUGAGAUAGGACAGUUGAGAGGAAACAGGAAAGGUAGGAGAGAUAGUGAGUCAGAAAGCCAGUGAGUGGAUUUUAACCCAUGUCAUCUCUGGUCACACAGGCCACAAGGAUUCUGUUUUCAUUUAAAGUAUGUGGAACGUUUGCUCAUAAUAGCUUAGUAGGAAUAUUCACACAAACCUCUUACUAUACAGUACUUUGACAGGAAAACUAUAUUUUCCCAGUUUGAAAGAAACCAAUGUGGAUUCAUCGAUUCAUGGGCCCCAGCAAGCAUCAACUCCGGGACGGAACAGGAUCAGAAAUCGGCCCUGGCUUUUCUGACACACCAGCCCAUUUUUAGGGUUAGGGUGUGUGUUGAACUCUUCCCUACCUGGCGUACAAACCACUGGUUCAGGGUCAGCUUGAUGGUCCAGGGCCCAGUGUGGAACAUCAGGUGCAGGUAGGCGAUACCUGAGAACAGGUCUGCUGCCGCCAGGUUGCCUAGGGGACAGUAGACAAGGAAAUGAGUAGGGUUGCUAAGGGGGGUAAAUAUUACUUGUAACUUUCUAAAUGUACCAGUUAACUCCUGGAAUUUCUCUUUACUUUCAAGGAUUUUAGGGAAUUUUCACAGAUAAAAAAAUAUGACAGGAAUACGACUAAAUUUUUUGAAAAGUAUAAUUUACCAAAGAUCCUGUAGAUUUCCAAAAUGACCAACAUUUCAGAAAAUUCUGGUAGCUUUGGUAAAUGAGUGGGAGCAGCUGCUAAUUGACAGACACACACGCCCUACCUAGCAGAUAGUAGAUGGGGAAGUGGAAUCGUCGGUUGAUGAAGAUGGCCACCAUGACCAGGAUGUUGGCCAGGAUGACGAUGACAGACACGGCCAUGCCCAGGCUCACCACCAGGUAGUCCCGAGGACGCCAGUGGUCGCUGAUGUUCUUGUCGCUUUGGUCGUAGAAGAACUUCACCGAGCGGUUGCUGUAGCACGUGUCCAUCUUGACCAAUCAGAGGGGGUGGAGCGUAGAGUGGGCGGGAGUUGUGGAGUGAGUGGGACCCAAUCAGAUUGCCCGGACGGAUGAGUGGUGGCGAGGUUCGAGUGGAUGGGACUCGCCCUAUUGGUGGGUUGGGGGUGGACUCGCCAUGAGGGGUGGGGGGGAAUGGACGGCGUCCAGUUUGAUUGAUGUCUAUCUCCUCCAAUCGUGUGUGGGCUGAGACGUUGUCCCUUCUCUUUGGUCUGUGGGGGAAAAGAGAAGUAGAAUAUUUAACAACAUAGUUGAUCAAAAGACACACACACACUCUAUUUUAAUCAUGACUAGCGUCAGGAGUUUUUUCUUUAGAGCCUUCAACUAGGGUCUAGAGUGUUUCCUGGUCCUGGGCCUAACUAUGAUGAAACAUCCUCCCUGUAACAAUCAUCCCUACGGCAGUGAUGACUGUAAACCAGGCCGCCUGGUGUGGUUUAGAUAACAACAACAUUCCUUCUACCUCAGUUUAUCAUCUCUGUAGUCUUUACUGAACCAGGUGAGCUAUUACCUAUGAAGUGAUGUCUUGAUUCUAGCAGGUUAGUGGACUGAGAAGAUAUUCUGAUUUACAGUACCGUAACUAGCCUCCCUCCCUCCCCCCUCCCUCGCUCCCUCCCCCCUCGUCUCUCUUCUCUAACAAAAGAAACAGAGCAGCUUUCUAGAGCAGAGACACACCUCACAAUUACACAAUCCAGCAAUGUAACCUAAUCUCAAUCCAAACACGCGCACACACACACACACACACACGGCCUUGGUGCCCCACUCUACGACUGCGAGACCGAGGGAAACAGAAAGGGAGGAAGAGAUGGAAAGAAGAAGAGUGGAAAAGAGAGAGGGAAGAUUAAAUGUAUACAGGAGAGAAAUGGAAGAGACUGAAAUGGAAAGAAAACAUGAAGGGCUGAAAACCAGGAUAUGGGGGAGAGAGAGAGAGAGACAGAGACAGAGACAGAGACAGAGACAGAGACAGAGACAGAGACAGAGAGGUGUUAAAUAGCUGAGUUGGAGUCAGAAACAGAGGAAUGCAGAGGGAGUGUUUGUGGUGUGUGUGUGUGUGUGUACUAAGAGAAGUUUCCCUUUUUGACAGCUAAACAGAAUGGAAGUACAGCUCUCCCUCGCUUAACCACCAGAUAUCUAAAUCACCAUCCCUAACUAACCUUUUUUUUUUUUUUUUCACCUUUAUUUAACCAGGUAAGCCAGUUGAGAACAAGUUUUCAUUUACAACUGCGACCUGGCCAGGAUAAAGCAAAGCAGUGCGAUAAAAACAACAACAACACAGAGUUACAUAUGGGGUAAAACAAAACGUACAGUCAAAAAUACAACAGAAAUCUAUAUACAGUGUGUGCAAAUGUAGUAAGUUAUGGAGGUAAGGCAAUAAAUAGGCAAUAGUGCAAAAUAAUUACAAUUAGUAUUAACACUGGAAUGAUAGAUGUGCAAGAGAUGAUGUGCAAAUAGAGAUAAUGGGGUGCAAAUUAGCAAAAUAAAUAACAAUAUAGGGAUGAGGUAUUUGGGUGGAUGGGCUGUGUACAGGUGCAGUGAUCGGUAAAGUGCUCUGACAACUGAUGCUUAAAGUUAGUGAGGGAGAUAAGUGUCUCCAGCUUCAGAGAUUUUUGCAGUUCGUACCAGUCAUUGGCAGCAGAGAACUGGAAGGAAUGGCGGCCAAAGGAGGUGUUGGCUUUGGGGAUGACCAGUGAGAUAUACCUGCUGGAGCGCAUACUACGGGUGGGUGUUGCUGUGGUGACCAAUGAGCUAAGAUAAGGCGGGGAUUUGCAUAGCAGUGAUUUAUAGAUGGCCUGGAGCCAGUGGGUUUGGCAACGAAUAAGUAGUGAGGACCAGCCAACAAGAGUGUACAGGUCACAGUGGUGGGUAGUAUAUGGGGCUUUGGUGACAAAACGGAUGGCACUGUGAUAGACUACAUCCAAUUUGCUGAGUAGAGUGUUGGAGGCUAUUUUGUAAAUGACAUCGCCGAAGUCAAGGAUCGGUAGGAUAGUCAGUUUUACGAGGGCAUGUUUGGCAGCAUGAGUGAAGGAGGCUUUGUUGCGAAAUAGGAAGCCAAUUCUAGAUUUAACUUUGGAUUGGAGAUUCUUAAUGUGAGUCUGGAAGUUGAGUUUACAGUCUAACCAGACACCUAGAUAUUUGUAGUUGUCCACAUACUCUAGGUCAGACCCGUCGAGAGUAGUGAUUCUAGUCGGGUGGGCGGGUGCCAGCAGCGUUCGAUUGAAGAGCAUGCAUUUAGUUUUACUAGUGUUUAAGAGCAGUUGGAGGCUACUGAAGGAGUGUUGUAUGGCAUUGAAGCUCGUUUGGAGGUUUGUUAACACAGUGUCCCAUGAAGGGCCAGAUGUAUACAAAAUGGUGUCGUCUGCGUAGAGGUGGAUCUGAGAGUCACCAGCAGCAAGAGCGACAUCAUUGAUAUACACAGAGAAAAGAGUCGGCCCAAGAAUUUAACCCUGUGGCACCCCCAUAGAGACUGCCAUAGGUCCAGACAACAGGCCCUCCGAUUUGACACAUUGAACUCUAUCUGAGAAGUAGUUGGUGAACCAGGCGAGGCAGUCAUUUGAGAAACCAAGGCUAUUUAGUCUGCCAAUAAGAAUGCGGUGGUUGACAGAGUCGAAAGCCUUGGCCAGGUCGAUGAAGACGGCUGCACAGUACUGUCUAUUAUCGAUCGCGGUUAUAAUAUCGUUUAGGACCUUGAGCGUGGCUGAGGUGCACCCAUGACCAGCUCGGAAACCGGAUUGCAUAGCAGAGAAGGUACGGUGGGAUUCGAAAUGGUCGGUGAUCUGUUUGUUAACUUGGCUUUCAAACACUUUCGAAAGGCAGGGCAGGAUGGAUAUAGGUCUGUAACAGUUUGGAUCUAGAGUGUCACCCCCUUUGAAGAGGGGGAUGACCGCGGCAGUGUUCCAAUUUCUGGGGAUCUCAGACGUUACGAAAGAGAGGUUGAACAGGCUAGUAAUAGGGGUUGCGACAAUUUCGGCGGCUAGAUUUAGAAAGAAAGGGUCCAGAUUGUCUAACCCAGAUGAUUUGUAGGGGUCCAGAUUUUGCAGCUCUUUCAGAACAUCAGCUGUCUGAAUUUGUGUGAAGGAGAAGCGGGGGGGGCAUGGGCAAGUUGCAGCGGAGGGUGCAGAGCUGGUGGCCGGGGUAGUGGUAGCCAGGUGGAAAGCAUGGCCAGCCGUAGCAAAAUGCUUGUUGAAAUUCUCGAUUAUUGUAGAUUUAUCGGUGGUGAUAGUGUUUCCUAGCCUCAGUGCAGUGGGCAGCUGGGAGGAGGUGCUCUUAUUCUCCAUGGACUUUAGUGUCCCAAAACAUUUUGGAGUUAGUGCUACAGGAUGCACAUUUCUGUUUGAAAAAGUUAGCCUUUGCUUUCCUAACUGCUUGUGUAUAUUGGUUCCUAACUUCCCUGAAAAGUUGCAUAUCGCGGGGGCUAUUUGAUGCUAAUGCAGUACGCCACAGGAUGAUUAUGGGGUGGUCAAGGGCAGUCAAGUCUGAGGAGAACCAGGGGCUAUAUCUGUUCUUAGUUCUGUAUUUUUUGAAUGGGGCAUGUUUAUUUAAGAUUGAGAGGAAAGCACUUUUAAAAGAACAACCAGGCAUCCUCUACUGACGGAAUGAGAUCUAUAGCCAUCCAGGAUACCUGGGCCAGGUCAAUUAGGAAGGCCUGCUCGCUAAAGUGUUUUAGGGAGCGUUUGACAGUGAUGAGGGGUGGUCGUUUGACCGCGGACCCGUUACGGACGCAGGCAAUAAGGCAGUGAUCGCUGAGAUCCUGGUUGAAGACAGCAGAGGUGUAUUUAGAGGGUAAGUUAGUCAGGAUGAUAUCUAUGACGGUACCCAUGUUUACGGAUUUAGGGUUGUACCUGGUAGGUUCGUUGAUAAUUUGUGUGAGAUUGAGGGCAUCUAGUUUGAAUUGUAGGAUGGCCGGGGUGUUAAGCAUAUCCCAAUUUAGGUCACCAAGCAGUACGAACUCUGAGGAUAAAUGGGGGGCAAUCAAUUCACAUAUGGUGUCCAGGGCACAGCUGGGGGCUGAGGGGGGUCUGUAGCAAGCGGCAACAGUGAGAGACUUAUUUCUGGAAAGGUGGAUUUUUAGAAGUAGAAGCUCAAAGUGUUUGGGCACAGACCUGGAUAGUAUGAUAGCCUGCAUAGCUCUAUCUCUACAGUAGAUUGUAACUCCGCCCCCUUUGGCAGUUCUAUCUAGACGGAAAAUGUUGUAGUUGGGGAUGGACAUUUCAGAAUUUUUGGUGGCCUUCUUAAGCCAGGAAUCAGACACCGCUAGAACAUCAGGGUUGGCGGAGUGUGCUAACACAGUGAAUAACUCAAACUUAGGAAGUAGGCUUCUGAUGUUAACAUGCAGAAAACCAAGGCUUUUACGGUUACAGAAGUCAACACAUGAUAGCUCCUGGGGAGUAGGAGUGAUACUGGGAGGCCCCAGCCAAAAUCAAACACAUGACCCUGGCAUUGCAAGCACCAUGCUCUACCAACUGACCCAUACAUGACUACUACCAUAACCCUGAUCUGACUGUCUAACUGACCCAUACAUGACUACUACCAUAACCCUGAUCUGACUGUCUAACUGACCCAUACAUGGACUACUACCAUAACCCUGAUCUGACUGUCUAACUGACCCAUACAUGGACUACUACCAUAACCCUGAUCUGACUGUCUAACUGACCCAUACAUGGACUACUACCAUAACCCUGAUCUGACUGUCUAACUGACCCAUACAUGGACUACUACCAUAACCCUGAUCUGACUGUCUAACUGACCCAUACAUGGACUACUACCAUAACCCUGAUCUGACUGUCUAACUGACCCAUACAUGGACUACUACCAUAACCCUGAUCUGACUGUCUAACUGACCCAUACAUGACUACUACCAUAACCCUGAUCCGACAGCCUAACUGACCCAUUCAUGACUACUACCAUAACCCUGAUGUUACUCUCUAACACUUAAAGCAGAAUAAACAGCUGUUGGACUACUACAUGCUUAUCAGUUCAGACAAUCUGUUUGUGUCACUGUGCGUCCCGCAACGAGCAUGGAGAAAAGAAAGCCAGGGAAUUAUCUGAGGAGGUCAGACACAAGAUUGUAGCCAAGCAUGGACAAUCUCAAGGCUACAAGUCCAUCUCCAGAGACCUUGACGUUCCUGUUUCCACUUCCUGUUUCCACCGUACGUAAUGUUAUCAAGAGGUAUAAGGCCCACACCACUGUAGCUAACCUCCCUGGACAUGGCCGCAAGAGAAAACUUCAUGGAAGAUUGCAGCGACGGAUUGUUCGAAUGGCGGAGAAAGCACCUCGAUCAACUGCCACAGAGAUUCAAGCUGACCUUCAAACACACAAGGUACGACAGCUUCAACUCGCACCGUCCGUCGCCAACUCAAUGAAAGGGGGAUCUAUGGUAGGAGACCCAGUAUGACCCCACUGCUGAGAGAGACAUAAGAACUGGCCAAAACACACCUGAACAUGCCAACAUCAUUCUGGGAGAAUGUCCUGUGGACAGAUGAGACCAAGUUAGAGCUUUUUGGUAAAGCACACUAUCUCUAUGUUUAAAGAAAACAAAAUGAAGCCUUAGUCAAACGUGGAGGAGGUUCAGUGAUGCUUUGCUGCCUCUGGCACUUGGUGCCUUGAACGUGUGCAUCAUGACAUCAGGAGAAUACCAAGGCAUUUUGGAACGCAAUGUCGGACCCAGUGUCAGAAAGCUGGGUCUCUGUCGAAGGUCAUGGGUCUUCCAGCAGGACAAUGACCCCCAAAACACACUCCAAAAAGUUGGACUGGUCUCAUGUGGCCCGCAAUGAGUCCCGAUCUAAAAUCUCAUUGAACAUUUUGUGGAGAGAUCUGAAAACAGCAGUUGGGAGAAGGCACCAAGAGGAGUGGGCCAAACUGCCAGUACAGAAGUGCAGGAAGCUAAGCGAUGGCUAUAGGAAGCGUUUGAUUGCAGUUAUUUUGACCAAAGGCUGUGCUACCAGAUAUUAAGUCUGGGGUGUCAAUCAUUUAGUCAAUGCCAUUUCCGUUUAUUUUCUGAUUUAAAUAGAUAUAUUAAGUUCUGAAUCAAAAACAAAAGGUUUAGUAAUAUUAACAGUGAAAUAAAGAAUUGUGGAGACCAAACACUUUGGUCAAUUUCAACUUAUUUUUAGGGAACAUUUUGAGUUACUUGAAAAAAAGUGCAAGGGUGCUAAUAUCUUUGGCCACGACUGUACACUGAGGGAAAAACCUGACUGAACAGGGGGUUUCUAUGUGGCGAUGGAGUCAGAGUUGUGGGUGGCUGGUAGAAGUCCCUCCCGGCACACAGUGAACACGUUUUACAUGCAAACAGUGUUCCAGAUAGUAGCUCAUAUUCCUCUUAAGGUCUUAUUCUGGAGAAGCUGUUUACACGCAGCUUUGAUAUCCCGCUCAUGAGUAUCACUGUAUCCAUGAAUAAACAGAAUAUUCCUCGUUUAAGUAUAUUUGGGUUAAAUGGAAUAGUAACUGAAAUAUGGACACUGACUGUAGGUCUACAACCUCUCACAUGUAGCGUAAUAUAAUAUUAACUCCUGCAGAAUUAUGCAUUUCUUGCAGUUAACUUUUACAAAUGUUAAUUUUGUCUCGGGAACAGGAGUGGAGAAUUGUUUCUUUUUCUUUCAACAUCUCUUGAGAAAAUGCGAAUGUAAUGUGUUAUCUUUGACACUUAUGAAAGCAGACAGUAUUCCAACCACUAAAUAUGCACCCAAGACCAACUGAAGUUUUAUCAGAAACAUGUUAUCGUUUUCUCAGCUUUUACACAGAAAGCGGCACAGGUCCUAAUCCAGGCACUUGUCAUCUCCCGUCUGGAUUACUGCAACUCGCUGUUGGCUGGGCUCCCUGCCUAUGCCAUUAAACCCCUACAAUUUAUCCAGAACGCUGCAGCCUGUCUGGUGUUCGACCUACCCAAGUUCUCUCAUGUCACCCCGCUCCUCCGCACACUCCACUGGCUUCCAGUUGAGGCUCGUAUCUACUACAAGACCAUGGUGCUUGCCUACGGAGCUGUGAGGGGAAUGGCACCUCCUUACCUUCAGGCUCUGAUCAGACCCUACACCCAAACGAGGGCACUACGUUCAUCCACCUCUGGCCUGCUAGCUCCCCUACCUCUAUGGAAGCACAGUUCCCGCUCAGCCCAGUCAAAGCUAUUUGCUGCUCUGGCACCCCAAUGGUGGAACAAGCUCCCCCACGCCAGUGGAGUCACUGACCACCUUCCGGAGACACUUGAAACCCUACCUCUUUAAGGAAUACCUGGAAUAGUAUAAAGUAAUCCUUCUACCCCCUUACCCCACCCCCACCUCUAAAAUAAAAUAAAAAAGUGGUUGUCCCACUCGCUAUCAUAAGUUCAAUGCACCAAUUUGUAAGUCGCUCUGAAUAAGAGUGUCUGCUAAAUGAUGUAAAUGUACAUUUCCUUAAAACCUGUCAAACUGAUGAAUUUUGACAUUUUGCACAGGACCAAUCUUUCCACUGUUUUGGACUUUUUCUCCUCGGUCCCUAAACGAAACAGACAACUUUCCCAGUGUUAACUAGAUUACUAAUGCCUUCAUUCUAUUGAUGUAAGACCUUAUUCUGGUGAGCACUCCUUUAUUUAGUCGUCUGGGGCAACAAGUUAUGACAGAAGAGAAGCUGCAUGUAUCUAACUAUAGUUGACAAACACAAUGGCCUACCAAAUGAGGGAAAUUAUAAGCAGAAACUGGUCUAAAUUAGGGGUGAAAGUAGCCAGUAGUAAAUUAAUUAUAGUAGGCUAAAUUAUUAUGGAAUUAUUAUGGUGGAUGGAACUGUGCCGGUUAACCUACUUUUUGAAGUGAUUUGUUUGAAAACGUCACCCAACACCAAUGACAUUGACAUGUGGCAGACAACAAAAAAACAACAGUAAACGGGAUAAGAUGUUUACAUACCACAGUAUCCGGUCUUAGAUCACCAUGUCCCAGGCAUCUUAUCUGAGUUUCUCAUAACCUGGGAUACAAGCCUUUUCGGGUUAUUGUAAAAUGGGAUAUGCUGUUUAUAUGCGUCAACUCAAAAACAGAAUACUUCAGUAUCCUGAAUAAUAACGGGAUAUUGGUGUGCAUGUUAACGUCGUCACUGUACAGUUGAAGUCGGAGGUUUACAUACACCUAGGUUGGAGUCAUUAAAACUUGUUUUUCCAACAAUUGUUUACAGACAGAUUAUUUCACUUAUAAUUCACUGUAUCACAAUUCCAGUGGGUCAGACGUUUACAUACACUAAGUUGACGGUGCCUUUAAACAGCUUGGAAAAUUCCAGAAAAUGAUGUCAUGGCUUUAGAAGCUUAUGAUAGGCUAAUUGACAUCAUUUGGUGGUCCUCUGUAGCUCAAUUGGUAGAGCAUGGCGCUUAUAACGCCAGGGUAGUGGGUUCGAUCCCCGGGACCACCCAUACGUAAAAAUGCAUGCGCACAUGACUGUAAGUCGCUUUGGAUAAAAGCGUCUGCUAAAUGGCAUAUUAUUAUUAUUAAUUGGAGGUGUACCUGUGGAUGUAUUUCAAGGCCUACCUUCAAACUCAAUGCCUCUUUGCUUGAUAUCAUGGGAAAAUCAAAAGAAAUCAGCCAAGACCUCAGAAAAAAAAUUGUAGACCUCCACAAGUCUGGUUCAUCCUUGGGAGCAUUUUCCAAACGCCUGAAGGUACCACGUUCAUCUGUACAAACAAUAGUAUGCAAGUAUAAACACCAUGGGACCACGCAGCCAUCAUACCGCUCAGGAAGGAGACGCGUUCUGUCUCCUAGAGAUGAACGUACUUUGGUGCGAAAAGUGCAAAUCAAUCCCAGAACAACAGCAAAGGACCUUGUGAAGAUGCUGGAGGAAACAGGUACAAAUGUAUCUAUAUCCACAGUAAAACAAGUCCUAUAUCGACAUAACCUGAAAGGCCGCUCAGCAAGGAAGAAGCCACUGCUCCAAAACCGCCAUAAAAAAAAGCCAGACUACGGUUUGCAACUGCACAUGGGGACAAAGAUCGUACUUUUUGGAGAAAUGUCCUCUGUUCUGAUGAAACAAAAAUAGAACUGUUUGGCCAUAAUGACCAUUGUUAUGUUUGGAGGAAAAAGGGGAUAGCUUGCAAGCCGAAGAACACCAUCCCAACCGUGAAGCACAGGGUGGCAGCAUCAUGCUGUGGGGGUGCUUUGCUGCAGGAGGGACUGGUGCACUUCACAAAAUAGAUGGCAUCAUGAGGAAGGAAAAUUAUGUGGAUAUAUUGAAGCAACAUCUCAAGACAUCAGUCAGGAAGUUAAAGCUUGGUCGCAAAUGGGUCUUCCAAAUGGACAAUGACCCCAAGCAUACUUCCAAAGUUGUGGCAAAAUGGCUUAAGGACAACAAAGUAAAGGUAUUGGAGUGGCCAUCACAAAUCCCUGACCUCAAUCCUAUAGAAAAUGUGUGGGCAGAACUGAAAAAGCAUGUGCGAGCAAGGAGGCCUACAAACCUGACUCAGUUACACCAGCUCUGUCAGGAGGAAUGGGCCAAAAUUCACCCAACUUAUUAUGGAAAGCAUGUGGAAGGCUACCCGAAACGUUUGACCCAAGUUAAACAAUUUAAAGGCAAUGCUACCAAAUACUAAUUGAGUGUAUGUAAACUUCUGACCCACUGGGAAUGUGAUGAAAGAAAUAAAAGCUGAAAUAAAUAAUUAUCUCUACUAUUAUUCUGACAUUUCACAUUCUUAAAAUAAAGUGGUGAUCCUAACUGACCUAAGACAGGGAAUUUUUACCAGGAUUAAAUGUCAGGAAUUGUGAAAAACUGAGUUUAAAUGUAUUUGGCUAAGGUGUAUGUAAACUUCCGACUUCAACUGUAUAUAAGCUUCAUUUACUCCAAUGUUUGUAAACAAUAAUUGUAAACAAACCCUGUAAGCUUCAAAACCUGGUUAAAACGACAAUUUUGAUAUCAGUCCUUGCAUCAUAGCUUCAUCUAUCUAGCUACCUGGUAGAAGUACAUCAUAGCUCCAUCUAUCUAGCUACCUGGCUGAAGUACAUCAUAGCUCUAUCUAUCUAGCUACCUGGCUGAAGUACAUCAUAGCUCCAUUUAUCUAGCUACCAGGUAGAAGUACAUCAUAGCUCCAUCUAUCUAGCUACCUGGUAGAAGUACAUUAUAGCUCCAUCUAUCUAGCUACCUGGUAGAAGUACAUCAUAGCUCCAUCUAUCUAGCUACCUGGUAGAAGUACAUCAUAGCUCCAUCUAUCUAGCUACCUGGUAGAAGUACAUCAUAGCUCCAUCUAUCUAGCUACCUGGUAGAAGUACACCAUAGCUCCAUCUAUCUAGCUACGUGGUAGAAGUACCCCCCAGGACACAGUGUGUACACAGUUCAAAUUAAACAUGGAUGUAUAUAUACACAGUGGGGUCCGAACAUAGACACCCUUGAUUAAGAUGAAAUAAAUCAUUAAAAUACUGAGCUAUGGGUAAAUUAUAUUAUUUUCUACUAAUACAAUUGCUUAACAAUUUUGUUUAACAAGUAAUACUUAUUUUCUAAAAAAGGUAGGGGUCAAAAUGGACACCCCUAAAGAUUCUUAUAAAGUAGUCAAAAGUUCAGUAUUUGGUCCCAUAUUCCUAGUACGUAAUCACUACUUCAAGCUUGUGACUCUACAAACUUGUUGGAUGCAUUUGCAGUUCGUUUUGGUUGUGUUUCAUAUUAUUUUGAGCCCAAUAAAGAUGAAUGGUAAAUAAUGUAGUGUGUCAUUUUGGAGUCACUUUUAUUGUAAAUAAGAAUAGAAUAUGUAACUAAAAACAUUAUAUUUUAGGAGGGGGUGAUGAGGGGAUGCGCUGUGGAAUUAUUUAAGAUACUCUAUGAAGAGGUAGGUUUUCGAAAGAGUGACAGGGACUCUGCUGUCCUAGCUUCAGAGGGAAGCUGGUUCCAGCAUUGGGGUGCCAGGACAGAGAAGAGCUUGGACUGGGCUGAGCGGGAGCUGCCCUCCCGUAGGGGAGGGAGGGCCAAAAGACCAGAGGUGGCAGAACAGAGUUCUUGGGUUGGGGUGUAGGGUUUGAGCAGAGCCUGAAGGUAGGGAGGGGCAGUUCCUCUUGCUGCUCCGUCGGCAAGCACCAUGGCCUUUUACCAUCCCACAUCAACUUCUACAUUAAUGUGGACGCUACCAUGAUUACCCAUAAUCCUGAAUGAAUCGGGAAUAAUGAUGAGUGAGAAAGUUAGAGGGUCAGAAAUCAAUCAUACCCUCAAGACAUGCUAACCUCUCACCAUUACCAAUAACAGGGGAUCCCCAAGACAUGCUAACCUCUCACCAUUACCAAUAACAGGGGAUCCCCAAGACAUGCUAAUCUCUCACCAUUACCAAUAACAGGGGAUCCCCAAGACAUGCUAACCUCUCACCAUUACCAAUAACAGGGGAUCCCCAAGACAUGCUAACCUCUCACCAUUACCAAUAACAGGGGAUCCCCAAGACAUGCUAACCUCUCACCAUUACCAAUAACAGGGGAUCCCCAAGACAUGCUAACCUCUCACCAAUACCAAUAACAGGGGAUCCCCAAGACAUGCUAAGCUCUCACCAAUUACCAAUAACAGGGGAUCCCCAAGACAUGCUAACAUAUCACCAUUACCAAUAACAGGGGAUCCCCAAGACAUGCUAACAUGCUAACAAUCACCAUUACCAAUAACAGGGGAUCCCCAAGACAUGCUAACAUAUCACCAUUACCAAUAACAGGGGAUCCCCAAGACAUGCUAACAUGCUAACCUUCACCAUUACAUACAGUGGGAUCCCAGACAUGCUAACCUAUCACCAUUACAAUAACAGGGGACUCCCCAACGACAGAUGCUAACCAUCUCACCAUUACCAAUAACAGGGGAUCCCCAAGACAUGCUAACAUGCUAACCUCUCACCGUUACUAAUGACAGGGGACAUGCUAACAUAUCACCAUUACUAAUGACAGGGGACAUGCUAACAUAUCACCAUUACUAAUGACAGGGGACAUGCUAACCUCUCACCAUUACUAAUGACAGGGGACAUGCUAACAUUUCACCAUUCCUAAUGACAGGGCACAUGCUAACCUAUCACCGUUACUAAUGACAGGGGACAUGCUAACCUAUCACCAUACUAAUGACAGGGGACAUGCUAACCUCUCACCGUUUACUAAUGACAGGGGACUGCUAACCUCUCACCGUUACUAAUGACAGGGGACAUGCUAACCUCUCACCGUUACUAAUGACAGGGGACAUGCUAACCUCUCACCGUUACUAAUGACAAGGGGAACAUGCUAACCUCUCACCUUACUAAUGACAGGGGACCGGCUAAACUAUCACCAUUCCUAAUGACAGGGGACAUGCUAACAUAUCACCAUUACUAAUGACAGGGGACAUGCUAACAUAUCACCAUUACUAAUGACAGGGGACAUGCUAACCUCUCACCAUUCCUAAUGACAGGGGACAUGCUAACCUCUCACCGUUACUAAUGACAGGGGACAUGCUAACCUCUCACCGUUACUAAUGACAGGGGACAUGCUAACCUCUCACCAUUACUAAUGACAGGGGACAUGCUAACCUCUCACCGUUACUAAUGACAGGGGACAUGCUAACCUCUCACCAUUACUAAUGACAGGGGACAUGCUAACCUCUCACCGUUACGUGGAAAACACGAGGCAGUCAAUAGUGUGCAUACGUAAAAAUGUAUGACUGUAAGUCACAUGACUAAGCCGCUUUGGAUAAAAGCGUCUGCUAAAAUGGCAUAUUAUAUUAAUAGCUGCCCCCGCGGUGACCACGACAGGCAUCUGGACAACAUGUUGCUGAGGGACGAUCACACCCUUGAAAGACAUACAGUCCCUUCAGAAAGUAUUCAUACCCCUGACUUAUUCCACAUUUUGUUGUGUUACAGCCUGAAUUCAAAAUGUAUUAAAUUGAUGUUUUUUCCUCACCCAUCUACAUACAAUACCCCAUAAAGACAAAGUGAAAACAUGUUUUUAGAAAUGUUUGCACAUUUAUUGGGGGGGGGGGGGGGGGAUUAGUAUUGACAACAAAUUUCAAAAAACAUAAUUCCACUUUGACAUUAUGGAGAAGUGUGUGUAGGCCAGUGAGAACAAAUUCAGGCUGUAACACAACAAAAUGUGGAAAAAGUCAAGGGAUGUAGCUCAGUUGGUAGAGCAUGGUGUUUGCAACGCCAGGGUUGUGGGUUCGAUUCCCAUGGGGGACCAGUAUUAAAAAAUAAAAAAUAAUGUAUGCACUCACUAACUGUAAGUCGCUCUGGAUAAGUGUCUGCUAAAUGACUAAAAUGUAAAAAAAAUGUUGAAUACUUUCUGAAGGCACUGUACAUACCAAACAUAGGUACUAGUAAAGAGACUCCUAGUCUUCACCCAGUAUCUCAGAUUGUCACUGGUCAUAGUAAAGGGACUCCUAGUCUUCAGCCAGUAUCUCAGAUUGUCACUGGUCAUAGUAAAGGGACUCCUAGUCUUCAGCCAGUAUCUCAGAUUGUCACUGGUCAUUUCACCUCCCUUACAUGUUUUUAAUGUGUUCCCAUUCUGACUCUUCGUGCAUUAGGCUAAAGGCCUAGUGGAAUGUAUGUACAGGAAAUGUUUUAGUUGUAAAAGCCAAUUAUUGUUAUUAGAUGCCUUAUUCUUAACAUAUUUUGUAAUUCCAGACCAAGAUCCCUGAGAUGAAUAUUGUAUAUAAUGUCAUGGUUAUGAUAGCAUGACUUUCUGUUGCAUAUUGGGAGGUUACCUUAUUCUUCCAAUAGUUAUUGUUUUACUAAUAUUACAUUUCUAGUCCAUGUCCCUGCUUUGCAAGGCGUUGGAAAACCUCCCUGGUCUUUGUGGUUGAAUCUGUGUUUGAAAUUCACUGCUCGACUGAGGGACCUUACAGAUAAUUGUAUGUGUGGGGUACAGAGAUCAGGUAGUCAGUCAACAAUCAUGUUUAAACACUAUAAUUGCACACAGAGUGAGUCCAUGCAACUUAUUAUGUGACUUGUGUUGGAAACUGACUAAUUGACUUGAGGAUGUUUUAAUAUUUGUAUAACCAUUUAACAAAAGGGGGCCUGUCUCUGAGACAGAAUGUUUCCAUAAGGGUGAGAUGGGAGGCAUGUGUUAGAGCUAAUAGACUGUAAACUACUGGCCUGUAACACCGUCUUAUAGCUUCACUGUUUUAUAUCAGUAUGUUCUCUCUAUAUGUUAUAGCUUCACUGUUUUAUAUCAGUAUGUUCUCUCUAUAUGUUAUAGCUUCACUGUGUUAUAUCAGUAUGUUCUCUCUAUAUGUUAUAGCUUCACUGUUUUAUAUCACUAUGUUCUCUCUAUAUGUUAUAGCUUCACUGUUUUAUAUCAGUAUGGUCUCUCUAUAUGUUGUUAUCUCAUUAUAUUAUCUCUAUAUGUUUUGCGUCAUCAUAUCCACUUGAGUGUCAAGCUGGGACAAUAACACAUCACUUUACAAACAAGAUAAUGGUCCUUAUUAUUCUCAGACAGCUCUUUGUGUAUGAGAAGGAUGGGUAACAAUGGACUGCGGCAGGCUGCUAGAAUGUAUACUCCCUAGUCUCAAGGCUUCUCCUGACUGGUAAGAAGACAGGGAGAUGCGUGGAGGAGAACCAAAGGUUCUGGACUCAAGCUGGGACAAUAACACCACCUGUCAAGCAACAGAGAUGAAUUGUUCCUCCUUGACUCAGGAGGGGAAGGGCUUGUCUGUGAAGAGGGUACAAACAGAGGUCAUAAAUAUAUGUGCGUGUAUAAUGAUACUUUGUCUUUGCAGCAGUAUAACCCAGUGGGGUUUAAUAAAUCUAGCCUGAGCUUUCUUCGGAGUCCGAUUGGAAUUUGUACCAGAAUCUUAGAACCUAACACUUUUUUUUACUCCAGAACUUAUUUAGGCUUGCCAUAACAAAGGGGUUGAAUACUUAUUGACUCAAGACAGUUCAGCUUUUCAUAUUAAAUGAAUUUGUCCAAAUGUCUAAAACAUAAUUCCACUUUGACAUUAUGGGGUAUUGUGUGUAGGCCAGUGACACAAAAUCUCAAUGUAAUUUUAAAUUCAGGCUGUAACACAACAAAAUGUGGAAAAAGUCCAAGGGUGUGAACACUUUCUGAAGGCACUGUAUGUGUUUAAUAUACUAUCCAGAUAAUAAAGUGUCUGAUCACAAAACAUUCCAUAGAAUUGUAGAAAAAUACCACCUUUCACUAAAACAGCUGUAACUCAUUCACAGUAAAAGGUAUUACCAUUCUGAUUUCAGAUGAUCAAUCCUUACAAAAUAAGAAAGAGAAACAUUUAGAGCAUAUUGAGUCUAUCUUCAUUAGGAAGUGUUAAUGGCAGUUGUUUGGGGGGGGGGGAAAGCACACAAGAUACACAUUUGAUUGAUUACUAUUUGAUUGAUGCGGUGCUAUUGUAUGUCAUAUCAUUUGAAAGGGCUGUUUCUCAGCUUUCAAAAUAUGUAUCAUGCUUUCAUAUAUGGUUCGAAACCAGCAAAGUAUGCUCAUUAACGUACGCAGAGGUCAUGGUCUCAGAAAAUUCAGGAAUUCCAAAAGCUCCUACCGAUGAUGCAACAAUGCCAACAUGGCGAUUUCCACUUCCAGUUAGCUGGUGUUCUAAAGCCUAGUGUUUCCCCUUGAACUGAGAGUGAGAAACAGAGAGCUGUCUGUUAAACGGGCCAUUCUGUAGCUCACCUAACCACUCUCUGUGUGUGUGUGUUUCUGUAACUAUGUGUGUGUACAGCAGACUGUUCCGUUGCCCUACAAACUGUAGAAGGCUAACAAGCCAAGUGAGUCAGUUGUGAGAAGCUAUGGCCUAAGACCAAAUUCCUAAAAAUGUGGAGUCAGUUGUUGUUCUUCUAUGUAGACCAUGUUGUUUUGUCCAGACUGUGGGAUCAUGUUAAAGAGUGUGAUAUCACCAGAACAGGCUCAGUGGUUGUCAUGAUCCAGGGGUAAUCCAUGUUAUUACAUGUGUAGGUUGGUGAUUGGAGGGGGAGAGGGGGUACUAGAGUGUGUGUGUGUGUGUGUGUGUGUGUGUGUGUGUGUGGCAGAGAGAAGGGAAGAGAGGAGAUGACAUUACAUGAUUUCUCUGUACUCAAAGAGGAAGAGAGAUGUUCACAAAACGUCUAUCUUUAAUUCUGAAAAGUCUAAACCGUUGGGGGGGGGAGAAACACAUUGAAUAACACAUUCAUAAACGGCAAAAAAGACAGCCCAAAACGUAUCAUAAGAAACAAGGUUUUGAAGUGUUUGUCCUGUAUCUAGGAGAUAUAAGCUCAGGAAAUCUUUUUCUUUUUUUUUCUUUUUUUUUUUACACAUAUGAAACUAAUUUUUUGAGUAGGCACAAAACUACCUUCAUCUUCCUGUCUUUUUUUUUUUACCGGUACCGGCUACCUUCAGACGAGUCCCAUGACACUUAUGGAGGUCGUAGAGCAAAGCGGAGAACACCAUUGUGUUCGUGAGAGUCGUCUUUCCAUAUAAUAUAGUUUGUAGGUGAAACCGUUCAGAUGCUACCAACAUUUUAGUGAGAAGACCGGUUUUCGGUAUGUCUCAUCGUCUGACAAACACCUACUGUAGCUCGGCCACCUUCCACCACAGAAGCAGAAGGGGCGACAUCGGUGGAUGCGGUGGAUUGAGACACAUCCAAUGCAACAAACAGAUCUCUCUUAAACAGACAGAUUCUGAUGGGGAUGACCGGUGCAUCAAUCGACUCUAGGGGGUUAAACAGAUUCUGACAGGUGUGUGUGUGUGUAAGAGAGAGGAAGUGUGUGUGACAGAUUCUGACAGGUGUGUGUGUGUUGUGUGUGUGUUUAAGAGAGAGGAAGUGUGUGUGACCGAUUCUGACAGGUGUGUGUGUGUGUGUGUGUGUUAGUAAGAGAAAGGAAGUGGGUGUGACCGAUUCUGACAGGUGUGUGUGUGUGUGUGUGUGUAGUAAGAGAAAGGAAGUGGGUGUUGACGAUUGAAGGGGUUGGGGGUUAGUAAGAGAAAGGAAGUGGGUGUCUCGUAACAGAACUCUAAACACUGAGCUGUCUGAUUUAGACUUCCUGUUAUACCAACGUGUGUGCGUGUGUGUGUGUGUGUGUACUGAGAAGAAUCAGUAAACACUAGUUGGAAUGCAAACGGGUCAUUACAGAUGGAGACACACCCUUUGCGGUCCUCGUCCCUUCUCCUCGCUCUCCUUUCUUCCCCCUCUGUGUUUCUUAAAGGAGAAGUCCUUUUUACAACCAAAUCUAAAAACAAAUAUGUCAAAUGGUAUGUUCUAGAAGUGUCCACCUGUAUUACGCCGUAUUCCCUGUUGUGUGACUAGAGCAGUCUCCUCUAUCCAGCUGUUCCAUCCUCCGUGUAGCCUGCUGCUACAGGUAAACAAAGGAAACACCAACAUAAAGUGUCUUAAUAGGGCGUUGGGCCCACCAAAAACCACAACAGCUUCACUGCGCCUUGGCAUAGAUUCUACAAGUGUCUAGAACUUCCUGUAUUGGAGGCAACCCAUGCUUUAGUUUCAAUAUACAGUUGAAGUCGGAGGCUUACAUACGCUUAGGUUGGAGUCAUUAAAACCCAGUUUUUAACCACUCCACAAAUUUCUUGUAUAGUUUUGGCAAGUCGGUUAGGACAUCUACUUUGUGCAUGACAAGUAAUUUUUCCAACAAUUGUUUACAGACAGAUUAUUUCACUUAUAAUUCACUGUAUCACAAUUCCAGAGGGUCAGACGUUUACAUACACUAAGUUGACGGUGCCUUUAAACAGCUUGGAAAAUUCCAGAAAAUUAUGUCAUGGCUUUAGAAGCUUCUGAUAGGCUAAUUGACAUCAUUUGAGUCAAUUGGAGGUGUACCUGUGGAUGUAUAUCAAGGCCUACCUUCAAACUCAGUGCCUCUUUGCUUGACAUUAUGGGAAAAUCAAAAGAAAUCAGCCGACCUCAGAAAAAAAAUUGUAGACCUCCACAAGUCUGGUUCAUCCUUGGGAGCAAUUUCCAAACGCCUGAAGGUACCACGUUCAUCUGUACAAACAAUAGUAUGCAAGUAUAAACACCAUGGGACCACGCAGCCGUCAUACCGCUCAGGAAGGAGACGCGUUCUGUCUCCUAGAGAUGAACAUACUUUGGUGCAAAAAGUGCAAAUCAAUCCCAGAACAACAGCAAAGGACCUUGUGAAGAUGCUGGAGGAAACAGGUACACAAGUAUCUAUAUCCACAGUAAAACGAGUCCUAUAUCGACAUAACCUGAAAGGCCGCACAGCAAGGAAGAAGCCACUGCUCCAAAACCGCCAUAAAAAAGCCAGACUACGGUUUGCAACUGCACAUGGGGACAAAGAUCGUACUUUUUGGAGAAAUGUCCUCUGGUCUGAUGAAACAAAAAUAGAACUGUUUGGCCAUAAUGACCAUUGUUAUGUUUGGAGGAAAAAGGAGAUAGCUUGCAAGCCGAAGAACACCCUCCCAACCGUGAAGAACGGGGUGGCAGCAUCAUGCUGUGGGGGUGCUUUGCUGCAGGAGGGACUGGUGUACUUCCCAAAAUAGAUGGCAUCAUGAGGAAGGAAAAAUAUGUGGAUAUAUUGAAGCAACAUCUCAAGACAUCAGUCAUGAAGUUAAAGCUUGGUCGCAAAUGGGUCUUCCAAAUGGACAAUGACCCCAAGCAUACUUCCAAAGUUGUGGCAAAAUGGCUUAAGGACAACAAAGUCAAGGUAUUGGAGUGGCCAUCAAAGCCCUGACCUCAAUCCUAUAGAAAAUGUGUGGGCAGAACUGAAAAAGCGUGUGCGAGCAAGGAGGCCUACAAACCUGACUCAGUUACACCAGCUCUGUCGGGAGGAAUGGGCCAAAAUUCACCCAACUUAUUGUGGGAAGCUACCUGAAACGUUUGACCCAAGUUAAACAAUUUAAAGGCAAUGCUACCAAAUACUAAUUGAGUGUAUGUAAACUUCUGACCCACUGGGAAUGUGAUGAAAUAAAUAAAACUUGAAAUAAAUCAUUCUCUCUAUUAUUCUGACAUUUCACAUUCUUAAAAUAAAGUGGUGAUCCUAACUGACCUAAGACAGGGAAUUUUUACUAGGAUCAAAUGUCAGGAAUUGUGAAAAACUGAGUUUAAAUGUAUUUGGCUAAGGUGUAUGUAAACUUCCCACUUCAACUGUACCUUGUACCCCUCAUUUACUAAAGUGUGUCCUUCAUUAGUUAUAACUGUUAUAUUGUAUUAGUCUACAUUCUACUGUCCAGUCGCUCUAGUUAUAACUGUUAUAUUGUAUUAGUCUCUGGGUACACUGAAAAUGUUUACCACACAGUCAGUCCACAUACAGAAACCAAUGUAGGGUCAGAUUAUCUCUCCCUAGUCCUGAAGCCUUUAACAUUGACAGUGGGUAUAAAACAACCAUGCUGUGUGUGAGUCAGAGAUGAGCCCCCUAUAUGUGGCUCCCUGCAGCGAGACGUGGAGAUGAGCCCCCUAUAUGUGGCUCCCUGCAGCGAGACGUGGAGAUGAGCCCCCUAUAUGUGGCUCCCUGCAGCGAGGCGUGGAGAUGAGCCCCCUAUAUGUGGCUCCCUGCAGCGAGGCGUGGAGAUGAGCCCCCUAUAUGUGGCUCCCUGCAGCGAGGCGUGGAGAUGAGCCCCCUAUAUGUGGCUCCCUGCAGCGAGGCGUGGAGAUGAGCCCCCUAUAUGUGGCUCCCUGCAGCGAGGCGUGGAGAUGAGCCCCCUAUAUGUGGCUCCCUGCAGCGAGGCGUGGAGAUGAGCCCCCUAUAUGUGGCUCCCUGCAGCGAGGCGUGGAGAUGA